GUAAAGACGUCCACUGUCACCUGUCACUGUCACUCAUCCAAGAAAAUGCUCCGUUUCGCAGACACGACACAAAAUUUCAAUUGGCUGCCAACUGUCUGAGAGUCGUUACGUCUGCACUCCACUGAUAUCCCAUUGGAAUAGAGAGGACAACGUAAGAUCAACGCAGUCUGGAAUUCCCAAAGUUCCGAAGUUCGUGAAAGGAGAUCCAUACGAACAGUGGACAGAAGACAUAUUUUUAGUCUUUUAAAACUGAGGGACAGUUUUUGUUAUAGGGUGUUGUCCUUUUCCACGAGGGGGCGAUGUCCGACCACAGCACCGGCAGUAGUGGGUCCUCUACAAAUAGCUGGACCAUCCUUUCCCCAGAGGAGGCUGCUGUUGAAACAGUAGGGCCUGACGACGGCACCGGAAGUCUCUGUGGAGUUCCAGGGCUUCCAGAGGAAGGAACAGCAGGUGUUCCUCUGGACCGUGACGUGAGUGGGCUUGAUCCUCCAGUCGAACCAGUGUUGUCAGAGGAGGGCCAACAGCCGGUAUGCCAGGAAACUUCCCCAGAGGUGUGUGAGGCGGCGACCUUCGUAGGCCCCUCCUUCUCGGGCUUCGAGGAAGGCGAGUUUGACCCAGACAUCCACGCUCCCGUCAUCCACGACACCAUCACCAGCUCGCCGCCCGACAGUGACCUGUUGGGCUCCACCCCUUUCGCCAUCUCCUCGGAAGCAGCCUUGCUCUUCUCCGAGGAGCCCGCCUUCGCUCCGCGCGCCUCUGACGUGUUUACCGACGUCGGCUACGGCCACGAGAUCCCCGCGGCGGAACUCCUCGUCCCGGAGAGCCAUACCCCUGAAGUCCUGUCGUGGGGAAAAAGCCCCGCCCCUGAAGCCAUCCCUGAGCAAAGCCCCGCCCCUGAAGCCCUCUCUCAACACAGCCCCUCCCCCGAAGGUCUUCCAGAAGAAAGCCCUGCUGUCCAGGAAGCUGUCGCUGCGGAGGCCGCCACUCUUGAAUCUCGGGUCCCAGAGAGCUCUGCCCCCGAGGGGCCUCCUGAAAGUAGCCCCACUCCUGACAUCUCCCCCCCAGAUGCCCCACCUGCCCCAAUUGCCCCUGCCCCUGAGGUCCUCCUUACCCGGGAAAGCCCUGUCACUGAACCACAAACUGAGAGAAGCCCCACUCCAGAGGCCGUGGCUGCAGAGGUGACCCUUGAUUUCCACUCCGCCCCAGAGGCUCCUCGUCCUGCCCCUACCCCAGAGGCUCCUCGUCCUGCCCCUGCCCCAGAGGCUCCUCGUCCUGCCCCUACCCCAGUGGAGACCCCUGCUCCUGAGGGAGUUGAGGACCUGACUCUGUCCAUGCAGGGUCAUCCCCUCUCCAGUUUCACCCCCACACCUGAGGCCAGUCCUGCGGAGGGAGGCCUUGGUCCUGUUGGCCUGGAGCCAGAGACCGUCAGCUCUGCCUCAGCACAGCCACAGGAGGAGGAGGAGGAGGAAGAGGAGGAGGAGGAGGAGUACGGAGAGGAGCCGCCCUCGGAGGAGGAUGCUGACGUGAUAGAGCAGCAGAAUGUGGAGCCAGUGGAAGCAGUGCCCAUUGAGGAGGUGGUCAGGCCUGAGCCAGGGGCUGAGGGAGACGGCCUGCGCCAGAGGCACGUGUCGCCGCCCGAGCCCGCGCUGGGCCGAAGCUCGGAGGACGAAGACGAGGAGGAAGAGGAGUUCCAGCUGGCCGAGAGGCGAGAGGAGAAGCACGGCUUCGCCCUCAACAAGCUGAUCGUGGGCGCCCUGGUCCUCUUGUGCCUGGGCUCCCUCUUCUUUUCAGGUGUGUUGGUGGCCGAGGAGAGUGGUACAGUAGAUGAUGGCUUUGAUGGCUCAGAAAUGACUGAACAGGAACUCUUGGAAAGACUUGCUCAAGAAAACCAACAGAUCGCCAUGCUGGAAUCUCAGCUCCAGUCCCAGAAGGAGGCGCUGGACCAGGCUCUACGCGCCGCUGCUCAACCGGGCGAGGAAGGGGGCGGACCCCUGCAGAAAGAGAACGUCAAGCUGAAGGAGGAGCUCGCGGCUAUGCCUGGCCUGAGAGAAGAGCUGGAGAGCCUCCGAGUCCGAGUGGCAGAACUGUCCCAGCUAACCGUUCGGGAAUCAGAAACCGAGCCUACAGACACAGUCGCGCCGCCAACCGACCAGCCCGAGACAGCCAAUCAAAUCCCUGAAGUUCCAGUGCAGGUGGAGGGGGUGGAGCAGGAGGAAGGAGGUGAGGAUGGGUUGAAGGCAGAGCUCCAGAGGCAGAAGAGCCUGUUGGAGGACAGCCGCAAGCGUCUGGAGGGGAUGAAGAGGUCGGUGGGGAGGAAGAAGGGCGUGCGGGAGGGGCUGGUGGAGAUGCAGAAGAGGCUGAGCGAACAGGCCGAGCGUCUGGACAAGAGGCACGACUGGAAGAGGAAUCGGCAGCAGCGGACGGAGACCGACGCCAAAAAGGACCAGAACAGGAAGUGGGUGGGGAAGAAGGAGCAAGGGAACCAAUGGGGUGGCAAGAAGGAGAGAGACGAGCAACGGGAAGACAAGAGUGAUAAGCACAAGAGCCAAUGGGAGAGCAAGAAGAAUGGCAGAAAAGAAGACGGUGGUAAACGGGAAGGAAAGAAGGAUCAUGGGAAACAGAAGCACCACGAGGAGCCUGAGAAGUGGAGAGGAGGAGAGAAGGAGCGGAAGAACGGGAAGAACGGAAAGAUGGAGUCCAAGCAGGACGCCUGGAGGAAGUACCACGAGGACUGGGACGGCCGGAAGCACGAGCGCAGGGAGGAGCGCGAGAAGAGGAAGAGCGAGCGGCCGUGGGAGGCCAAGUCCUUCAAGAAGCACUCCGCCCACCACCACCACCACGACCGCCACCACCAGGAGGACAGCAGCCACGAGAAACCCAGUGACCACAAGCACGAGAGCGACGACUUCUGGAAGCACCAGGAGCAGAAGCUCCGGCGGAACCCCGGGCCGGUCCGCGCGUGCUCGGGGGCGGCCGGCUGCGCCGAGGCCGAGGGGCUGGUCGCCGUGGAGCUCUCGGAGUUCCAGGCCCUGCUGGAGAGCUACCUGAGCAAGCUGCCGGCGUCCACCGGCGAGAGCAAGGAGGCGCUCCUGGAGCUGACCGCCGGCUUCUUCUCCCCCGACGGCGGCGUCUUCGACCACGAGCGCCUGCUCUUCAGCGACUUCGCCGAGGACGUGGCGGACAUCUUGGAGGACCUGGCCGACGUGCUGGACGACUCGCUCGAGGAGGAGAUGGAGGAGUUUGAGAGGGAGGCGUUGUGGAAGUUUGCGGCCACUGCCGCUUAGGCCUGCCCUCCUUACACCCCCCCUUUGGACAUGGGAAGAAGAAGGAGGCGAUGGAAAAAGAGGUAGCAAAAAAAAAGGAUAGAAAAAAGAAAUGGAUAGAAAAAAGAAAUGGAUAAAAAAAAAAACAACAAAACGGUUGCAGUGAUUCUUCAACCUGAAGCCUACAUACAGACGUAGAUGUGUGCAUCUUGUACGCACAGAUUGUUUCUCGGAAGUCUUUAAAUACCUUCUUAAAGUUGUACCUGUUUGUGGGGUUCACAGUCAUUACCUACCUCCCUUUGCGUACUGUCUCUUCAGAGUCCCCACCCCUUCUUGUCUCAUCCACAGUAGUGAUGAGUUUGCGUGUGUGUGAUUCUGUGCCGAGUGGGCACCAGGCCACUCAAGAAGAUGAAUGUUAACCCUCGUCUGUCAAAAAAAGCCGAUUGUUGGCCCGAAGAUUCCUAGCAGGAAACAGAGACCGUUUAUUAGGGUGUACAGCAGGGCUUGGUGGAGCUGCUUAGCCGCCUCUAGAUCUAAAUGUGAAAGGGAAGCAAUGCGCUAGUCUUAAACGGCUAGCCAGUGGUAAAUUCUCUCUGACUGUGUUCCGAUUAGCAUACUUCUGUACUUACAAAUUAGGUAUUGUAAGUGCGGAAGUAUGCAAAUUGGAACACAGCCUCUGUCUUCUCUAUGAGGAUUCAGUGUUUUCUAGUGGGAGAUUGACCAUGCUUUCGCCUGUCUGUCUAUGGAAUAGAGACUAGAGAAAUCAUAUGGACCAGUGAAUAUAAUCCCAGUGACUGUGAAACUCCCCAUAAGGUGAUUUCUGUUUGCAUUGCUGUUUGUUUAUUUGUUUAUUUGCUUCAAGAGCAUAGUGCAGGUUAGCCUUUGGGUAAGUUUCACCCCAGGAUAGGUUAACAGGUACAUCACUAUGAACGUAAUUUAUUUGUAGAGUUGAGUGAAAGCCAUUUUUUUCCCUUGUCUUAUAAAAUGGUUUCUUGUUGCUACAGAAAAAAAAAGUCUAUAAGCUUUGAUAUAGACGUACACCACCAACAAUUUGUAAAACAGGACGGUACUUUUGCUUGUCAUAGCAUUACAUAGCAUUGUGAUGGAUUACUUUGUUUGAGAUGGUAAAGUUCUCUUGUGGGUUGCAGUUUGUCAUAUUUUGUCUAGUUUGCCUCUUACAUUACAUUUUUACUUAGGAAUGUUGGGAUAUGUAGCCAUAUUUCCAUAUUCAAUGUGUUUACUGGACUUUGUUUGGACAAUUUGUGAUGGUGAGAUUUCUGUCUUGAGCAGUAAAUGUGCCUUGUGAGGGAGGGGACAACAUGGAUGUUAUAACAAACAAAAACAAAAUACUGUUUACAUAUUUAUAGUGACACAAAGGCCAUAAUGAAUUUGAGAAGCCUGAAUUGACACAGCAACUGGGUGUGCCCAAGUAUUAGCUCUUAUAGUCUAGCCAUAUUGGGUGGGAAUGUCAACCCAAUAAAGCUUAAAAUGAAAACACACUUAAAUAAAAAUGAACUCUGCUAUUAUUUUGUUGAAUGUUUAUGGAAGGGUUGCACAUGAUGUUGAAUGUGUCAGUAUUUUUGUAAAUAUCGGGGAAAAGUCCUUUUUUUUUUUGGAUAGCCUGACCACAAUCUGCAUUAAAGUCAAUGAAAUGGAAAUAUGGUGGAUACAGAAAAACAAUGGACAGCUACAAAGCAAGACAUUGCUCAGUUUGUUUAUUUAUUAAUAUGAAUAAAAUUUAACAAUGAGUUA